AUGACCACGCUUCCAGAGAAGGAAGUCGCCGCGACCUUGGCCCACGACGAACACCACGCCGACUACCAGGAUGAGGCUCUCGUCGCCGCUGCCAUGCGCGGCAAAGCGGCCGAGGAGAGCAUGACUCUUGGACAGGCGUUCCGCUGGUACAAGAGCGCCCUGUUCUGUUCCUUCAUCGUUUCUAUGAACAUCGUCAUGGAGUCGUACGCCACCAUUCUGCUCAAUUCGUUCUACGCCUACCCCACGUUCAGCAAGCGUUUUGGCGAGAAGCUCCCUAAUGGCACCUACUCGGUCCCUGCUCGGUGGCAGACUGCUCUCAGUGUCGCCUCAGUGGCUGGCAUCGUCGUCGGUAUCUACAUCAACGGUUUCGUCGUUGACCGCUUUGGGCACCGCAAGGUGAUCAUGGUCUCCCUGGUCCUUCUCACUGGCCUCUUCACUCUGAGCUUUGACGCCAAGAAUGCUGGUAUGCUUCUUGCCGGGCAGCUCCUCUGUGGUAUCCCGUUUGGAUGCCUCAAUGUCAUUGCGCCCGCCUACGCUGUCGAGGUACUCCCCCUCGCCCUCCGCCACUACGGACCCACCUAUGUCAACAUGUGUUGGGUUAUCGGUCACAUCAUGGGCGCUGGUGUCCUCACAGGUCUGCAGAGCAACACCUCGGAGUGGGGCUGGAAGAUUCCUCUUGCCCUCCAGUGGAUCUUCCCUCUGUGGCUCUUCAUUGGCGCGUACUUUGCCCCAGAGUCCCCCUGGUGGCUCGUCCGUCGCGGUCGCAACGAGGAUGCAGUCAAGUCGCUCGCUCGCCUCUCGACCAAGGACGUCAACCACGAGGACGCCUGCGCCCUCAUCCAGCACACUGUCAACCUCGAGAAGAACCUUGAUUUCGGUACCUCGUACGGCGACUGCUUCAAGGGUGUCGACCGCCGCCGCACCGAGAUUGCCAUUGUCGCGUGGUGCGCACAGGCCCUUGUUGGAUUUGUUGUGCAGGGUUACCAGACCUACCUCUUCAAGCAGGCCGGCAUGGCCACUGCCGACGCCUUCAAGCUCACUCUCGGCACGUACGGCGUCGCCGGUUUCGGCACCCUCCUCGCCAUGCCCCUCCAGCAGCGCUUCAAGCGCUACACGAUCUGGAUGUCCGGUCUCUUCUGGAUGCUUCCCACCAUGCUGUGUGUCGGAAUCCUCGCUUGCGUCAAGCAGACGCCUGCCAUCCAAUGGGCACAGGGUUCAGUCCUGAUCCUCUGGUUCUUUGGCUACGGCUGGUCCGUGGGUCCUGUCGCGUUCGUCAUCGCCGCAGAGACGCCUUCGGCCCAGAUCCGUCAGAAGACUAUCGGUAUCGCUCGUGGUCUCCAGUACAUCAUCACCAUCAUCAACACCAUCGUCUCACCGUACAUCCUCAACCCGACCGAGGCCAACCUCAAGGGCAAGGCUGCGUUCAUUCCCUCCUUCUUCAUCGUCCUCGUCAUUAUCUGGUCCUACUUCCGUCUCCCCGAGACAAGUGGCAAGACCUUUGAGGACCUCGACAUUCUCUUCUCCAAGGGUGUCAAGGCUCGCGACUUCCGUGACUACGUCAUUGACACCGAGGAGCAGUUUGGCGAGGUUGGUGUCCACAAGGAUACCGAGUAA